CGUCGCGCGAUCCAGUGGCGCCAUGGACCAAGCCCACUUGUACAUUUGACAGCAUCGAGUUCGAUGGCCCUGCACGCGCUCUUGGGAGCUGAGAUUCAAACCAAGGCCGGGAUCGUCCCGACGGCCGACGCGCUCGCCAACAAGAAGGUGGUCGGUAUCUACUUCUCGGCGCACUGGUGCCCGCCGUGCCGCGCGUUUACGCCGCUUCUCUCGACGUUCUACGAAGAUCUCGUCGAAGACUUCGACGACAUGGAGCUCAUCUUUGUUUCGUCCGACAAAGAAGUCGCCGGCUUUAACGAGUACUGGGCCGAGAUGCCGUUUCCGGCGCUUCCGUUCGUGCACCGCGAGCUCAAGGCGUCGCUGAGCGCGCAGUUUGGCGUCGAGUUCAUUCCGACCCUCGUGUUUGUCGACGCCGACGGGAACGUCCUCACGAAGGACGGCGUCAAGCUCAUCAACUCGGUGCGCGGCCGUGCCGACCUGCUCCGCAAGGAGCUCUUCAAGUAGACAGACAUUACGAACUAGACUUUUUCCCUUCAUUCUUGCCGGCAUUUCAACAAAACUACGGAAAAGGGGUUAAUCUUGUGCGCCACUUCUGCAUGUCUGAUCGGCCAGCAUGCAGAACUUUUGCUCGGGCUGUCAAACUAGAUAAAUACGAUCACGUUAGAAAUGAAUCCACAAACCCCGCCGG